AUGUUAGAUAACUCUGAUGAUUUACAGUCACAUAUAAGAAUACACAGGGGCGAGAAACCUUACAAGUGUGGUACAUGUGAUGCUGCUUUCUCUCAGAGAGGUCUUCUCAAGCGACACACUAGAAUACACACAGGAGAAAAGCCGUACAAGUGUCAUUUACAAUCACAUAUAAGAAAACUCACAGGCGAGAAGCCAUACAAGUGUGGAAGAUGUGAUACUGCUUUCUAUCUAAAAAGUUGUUUACAGACACAUAUACGAAUACACACAGGCGAGAAACCUUACAAGUGUGGAACAUGUAAUGCUGCUUUCUCAACAAAACGCUGGUUACAAACGCAUAUUAGAAUACACACAGGAGAAAAGCCGUACAAGUGUGAAAUAUGUGAUGCUGCAUUCUUAGUGAAAUCAACUUUACAGACACAUAUAAGAAUACACACAGGCGAGAAACCUUACAAGUGUGGAACAUGUGAUGCUGCCUACUCAUCAAAAAGCAGUUUACAAACGCAUAUUAGAAUACACACAGGCGAAAAGCCAUACAGGUGUGAAACAUGUGAUGCUGCUUUAUCCACAAAAAAUAGUUUACAAGAGCAUAUUAGAAUACACACAGGAGAAAAGCCAUACCAGUGUUUUAUAUGCGAUGCUGCAUUCUCUGUGAAAUCAACUUUACAGAAACAUGUCAGAAUACACACAGGCGAGAAGUCAUACAAGUGUACGACAUGUGAUGCUGCUUACUCAACGAAACGCAGUUUACAGAGACAUAUUAGAAUACACGCAUGCGAAAAGCCGUACAGUUGUACGACAUGUGAUGCUGCUUUCUCAACAAAUCGCAGUUUACAAACGUAUAUUAGAAUACACACAGGCGAAAAGCCAUACAAGUGUGAAACAUGUGAUGCUGCUUUAUUAACAAAACGUAGUUUACAAGCGCAUAUUAGAAUACACACAGGCGAAAACUCCUACAAGUGUGAAACAUGUGAUAUUGCUUUAUCAACAAAAAGUAGUUUACAGAGACAUAUUAGGAUACACAUGCGAAAAGCCGUACAAUUAAACGACAUGUGA